UACCUCUAGUUUACAAUCCUGGCACCACAACCGCAGCUGCAGCAAUGGCCGCCCUUCGCAGAGUGGCAGUCCUGGCCGGUAAGUUAAACGUCUGGUCUGCGGCGAAAGGCGAGCUCACCGGCGGACAGACGGCCGGAGGCAGAGGUCGGGGGUAUUUGACAGCUGGUGUGUGUCUGGCAACCGGAGGUGUCGUGGCGUAUUAUUUCUACAAUGAUUUGACAAGCGACAGACCGAGGAAGAGGAUGGAGAGCCGCGGCAUCAGUGGUCCUGGUUUAUUGCCCUACAUCCCCACCGUCGAAGCCAAAGAUAAGAGUCCUGUGUUUGACUUUGAGACUGGUGAUGUGCACAUGUCAUCUCAUGAACAUCGUUUCCGGAUGUUCAGCUCCGUAGAAUAUGAAGGACAGCUCUACAUGACCCCCCAAAAUUUCAUCGAGUCUGUGACCAUGAGCGAACCCAGAAACAAGAGGCCCUGGAAGUCCCUGAGCAAACAGGAACUCGAGAAGAUUCUUACAGACACUCCGCCUGUUUGGAGAGGAUCAUCCAAACUGUUUCGUAAUCUCAGAGAACGAGGUAUCAUCUCCUACACAGAGUACCUUUUCCUGCUCUGUAUCCUCACAAAACCCCAUGCUGGCUUCAAGAUUGCUUUCAAUAUGUUUGAUGCAGACGGUAACCAGAUGGUGGACAAGAGGGAGUUCUUAGUGCUACAGGAAAUAUUUCGAAAAAAGAAUGAGAAGAGAGGACGGAAAGGUGAUGCAGAAAAAUCUGCUCAGUUGACUAUGCAGCUGUAUGGAUAUCAGGUUGCCCCCGUGAACAGCCGCGCAGAUGAAAACAUGACCAUUGACACAACUCUACUGGUCCAUUUCUUUGGGAAGAAAGGAAAGGCAGAGCUGACAUUUGAUGAUUUUUACAGGUUUAUGGACAACCUGCAAACAGAGGUGCUGGAGAUUGAGUUUCUGACAUACUCAAAAGGGAUGACCACCAUCAGUGAGGAGGAUUUUGCCAAGAUUUUGUUGCGCUUCACCAAUGUUGAGAAUAUCAAUGCUUAUCUGGAAAACGUCCGACAGUCUAUCCCAGACGAAAAGGGAAUCACAUUCGAUGAGUUCAGAUCAUUCUUCCAGUUUCUCAACAACCUUGAGGACUUUGCUAUAGCCAUGCAGAUGUACACCUUUGCAGCACGUUCUAUUGGACAAGAUGAGUUUGCAAGGGCUGUGUAUGUUGCCACGGGUCUGAAGCUCACACGUCAUCUCGUGAACACAAUUUUUAAGAUCUUUGAUGUUGAUCAUGAUGACCAGUUGUCACACAAAGAGUUCAUCGGCAUCAUGAAGGACCGACUACACAGAGGGGCACGGGGGUACAAAUCUGUGGAGCGUGCCACUUCAUUUCGUUCAUGUCUAAAAAAAGAGUUGGCUAACAGGUAAACAUUCUGCCUCUCUACGACGAGGAGAGCCAGCUCUGUGAAAAGAUGAUAAAAGUGGGAUACCAGAGACCAAAAAUAUAUGCAUAGAAUAUGCAUAGAUGUUAUUUUAUUUAACUUAAUGUUCACCUUGUUUAUGCAGUUUCCAAGAUGCAAAUGUGUAUAUUUAUAUUAUAGCCUAUAGGUCUAUAUGAAAGCCUAGUUUAGAUUUGUAUUAAUUGGUUCAACUUGUAAUUUAAUGAAUGAUAUGAAGUGUUAUUUCAGUGAAAAGUCUUCAGUCCCACUGGAAAACUGGAGUUUAUUUUACUUUAGGUAAUUUUUUAUUAUGCUGUAAAUGACCUACAUCAGCAUGGCCUAUUUGUCAUCAAUCAUAUUUUAAUGGAUUGUUUCUUUUGUUGCUUUUUUUUUUUUUUUUUUUUUUUUUAAAGACUGUAAAUAUUACUAGGCUAUAAACAACUUACCCCUGGCAUAAAAUUAUAUAUAUAUCUUAUGCACUUUUCUUAUUCAGAGUAGAGUAUAGCCUGCUGAUUGUGUCUGACAAAGUGAUACCCCAGUAAAUUUUUGGGCCAUAAGAAAAUAUUAUAUAAGUGCUACAAAGGGCAAAGCACAACAAUAAAUAGGCUAAAUUCUUAAUAACAGUUCAACAAAUUUCAUUUUUGCCUCCAUUUAGAUGUAUGCAAAACGUUCAUAAUAAGACACGUGUAUUUGGGCGCCUUUUCUCUUUCGCAUAAUAUGCAACAAGAUGUAGACCUAGCCUUGUAGGCAAAUGUUGACAAUGAGACUUUUAUAAACACUAAAGUCAAGUGCAUCACACGUGUUUUGUGUACAGCCAAGUGCAUGAAAUAAAUGUUUCCAAUAAUUUAAAGAAAA